AUGGAUUCGCUCAUCGUUACCGGGGAUUUGUAUCUUCUUGCUUUUGGUAUCAUAUUUGUUCUGUCAUCGGUGGCCGUUCUUGUGGCCAAAAGACGGAAAGGGGCAGCAGCCCUAGGAAUAUCCAUUUUUAGUCGACGUAGUGCUCCUGCCACCUCGCCUCCACAGCCUCCCUCGUUGCGGAGCAAGGUAAUCUUGGACCCUCUCGCCAGCAUUGAUAGAGCGCCGUCAUCGGCCAGCUGCAGUACUGAUUAUGUCCGUACAUUCCCACCGUCAGGGAGACACGCUCUUCUCGAACUUGCAAAGAAAGGUUCUGCUAUAGAUAAAAGGGCCUUGAUAGCUUUUGACUCGCUAGCUGAACUCCUUGUGCGGGAUAUUCUACCGAUGAUUCGCCCUUACUACUUAGACAACCAUUCUCCGAAGUACAGCCCGACCGGUUUCUCCACUGAAGAGAUUCGAGCAAUGGGAGAUUUCCCAGCUUAUGAUGUACUAAGCGGCGUUCCACUCCCGGUCCCGUACGAAAAGUUUGAUCCGGCGAAGGCCCUUCCCAGACCUUAUCGACCAUUUCGAUGGGUGUAUCACCAAACCAUGGCCUUGACUAAGAUGGAGCCGGAUUGGUGGUUAGAAAUAGAAAAAGGUUACGUCUCCAAAGUCAGGGAACGCCAAGAUCUGUUCAGACAAUAUGGUAAUAAAGUCCUUGACUUUUUACCCGGAUCUGAGCUCGCUUGUAAGGAGCUCAUGGAGAUGUGCCUACAGUUUUACUGUGCCAGAUACCCGACAUAUUUCCGGCUGUCAGCGAACAAGAGAACGUUCCACAACUCUCUCCUCCAAACAGAUUCGGAUAUAAAGAGCAUGCAUCCCCUUCGCGUGCUACUAGACAACGUCCCAGAGGAUUUCGCCGUCAUGCUCCGAAAUGAGAAUGAUGGUGCAUAUUACUUUCGUGCUGGGGUUAUCUGUAGCUCGUUGGGGUGGAAUGUGGGCACCAAACUCGGUUUGCAACUUAAGGAGAUUCACAGCCCCAUCCCAGAUUAUAAAGAGAAGAUGUCCUUCAGCAUGGACCGAUAUUUCAGCAAAAUGACGACCAAUGCCCCUAUACAGCGAGGCAGUUGGGGUCUCGAGGUUGGCAGCCCCCUCUUUAUGCCCCCGGGCCAUCCGCACGAGAAGCUGCGCGAAGUUCAAAAGCCGGAUCUUACCAUUGAAGAGUGCAAUCUGAGAGUCGACUGGCAGACUUUACGGCGGCUGCCCCUCAGUGGCGGGAUCGUUUUCAACUUCAAGGCGCUGUUUACGCCCGUUCAGGAAUUCCGGGACGAACGUUAUAUUCCUGCAUUGCUACUCAAGGCCUUGAAGGAGGGGAAGAGGAGCUUGAUGGGAUAUAAGAACACUUGGCAUGUCGAGCACGUUUGCAUCCCCGCUCUGGCUGAGUAUGCCCAGGAGCAGACUGCGAGGGGAAUGGUCAAGCCUGAGAAUACAGCUGACAACGUGUGGGACGUUACUACAUUGAUGGAGAGUCCUUUCUUUCCCGGGUGGGAGAAAAAGUGGCAUCGCCAGCAGGGGUUCUAG